CUAUAGUCCAUCCCAUCAGCCUCCACUGGCUUCCUACCAUACCUAUCUACAAGUUGUAACAAAAUAGAGGGAAGGGAUGAUUGGGAUCAGCACACAUCAUUGGAAUAACAAGUUCUGGAAACAAACCUAUCUGUUAUCAUUGCACAAAAAGUUAAGUCAAGCAAUAUACCAGUGCAAUAUUUACACAUUUAAAGAAACCCACUCAGGCCUCUCCAAAAUGUGCUUAUCACGUGACUGUCCAACAGACAUGUGUUUUUGAGUAAUAUAGUCAAGAUCAUGGGUGGUUCAUUUUGGAAACGUCUUUGUUGUGUUACUCGUUAGGUAUACUGACACAUGCAUCAACUCUGGCAAUAGAUUACCUAAAUGUGUGUUUGUAAAGUGUAAACACUGUAUGGCUGAAGAUUGAGUACUUAAACACGGCAGAAAGAUGUGUGUAAACCAGAAUACACAGCUUAUUGUGUUGUUAAAUUCUAGUGAUACGCACCUGUAACAUAGGUUACUCAAAAAUGGUAUUCUAAACGAAACUGUGAUACUGUAGUUGGAACAAUAGUAAAGGCUACAGCCUAACUAAGUUGGCCUUUUAUCUACUUAGCAAUGAACUAUGCAAAAUGCAUAAUGGUAUAAUAUUUAUCUUCCCCAUGUGAUCACGUCUUCUUCUCACUGAUCAACACUUCAUACAGAACGUUUAUGGGCUGAUCCAGCCACUUUCAGACUUUCAGGGCAAAGUGACUUCCUUCCCCUCGUUUGUUGUUAUCCUGUAACUCCCUUUUGCUGGAGAACUGCAUGGAUGAAGGAUAGAGUAAUACAGUCUUCAAGUAGGCUACGGUAAUAAGGAUACAACCUACACUGGUCCUGAAACAUGCCAAGAUGGGCCAUUUACACCAUCUUUGCCGUCAUCGUCUUGCUGUUUUUGGUGUGUAUUAUUUGGGUCUUUGAGAAAUACUGCUGCAAGAGCAAGAAAAAGAGAAAGAACAAGCCGGACCAUCAGAUCAAUCUACAAGGGGCGACUGGUUCCACGACUACAUCGCUAGUCCAACCUGCCUCGGAUGAUGCAAACUACGGCUCAGCUAAAAACCGUGGAAGACUACUCUACUCUCUGGAAUACAAGGCACAAGAGCUGACAGUGGGGAUUAAACAGGCUGUAGCACUGCCAGCUAUGGACCUGGGAGGCACCUCUGACCCCUAUGUUAAAGUCUACAUCACCCCCAACAAGUCAAAGACAUUCGAGACUAAGGUCUACAGGAAAACCCUUAACCCCGUUUUCAAUGAACACUUCACAUUUGAGAUUGACAAAGCUGAGCUCAAUGAGUCCACCAUAGUCAUGAAGGUGUUCGACUUCGAUAGGUUCUCCAAACAUGACAUCAUCGGGGAGCUGAGGCUGCAGCUCGGAACCAUCGACUGGAAUCAUGUGAUCGAGGAGUGGAAAAACCUUAGUGAACCCUCCAAGUCUGAGGAYAUCAUUCUGGGAGAGAUCUGCUUCUCAUUGCGUUACGUCCCGACCACCAGCAAACUGACUGUUGUCAUCCUGGAAGUCAAGAACCUAAAGAAUAUGGAUUUAAGGGGCUCAUCAGAUCCCUAUGUGAAAGUGCAGCUAGCUCUGGACAAGAAGAAGUGGAAGAGAAAGAAGACAUCUGUUAAAAAGUGCACACUAAAUCCCUACUUCAACGAAUCUUUUACAUUUGUGGUGUCAUUUGAACAAAUUCAAAGGCUUCAGCUGGUGAUCUCCGUGUGGGACCAUGACAAGUUUAGCAGGAACGAUGCUAUUGGGAAGAUCUUCCUGGGUUGUGAUGCUACAGGGAACCAGCAGAGGCACUGGGAAGACAUGCUGUCCAACCCCCGUAAGCCUGUGGCCCAGUGGCACAACCUGUUUUCCAGUGAACAGGUGGACUCCAUCCUCGAACUCAAACACUCAGUCAGGAUCCCCUUCAUUAAUAAGAACUUUUGAGAAAACUUAGACUUGCYUGCCAGACUCAUGGCACUCCAGCGACUGUGGGAAGAGGCUAGAAAUAACCAACUUCCGYCCUCUACUUCACUAAGCUAAUAGCAGCUUGGAGGCUCUACCACUUUUAAAACACUGAUAAAAUAUUCCAAUAUGUAUGCUGGACAUCCGGAUUUAAAUAGUUGCAAUUUUUAUAGACAUUUUAUGAAAUACAUACGUGAUAGGUCCAGUUAAGAAUAGGAAAAUAAUCUAACUAUUUUCCAUGUAGCCCAUUGUUUAUUGKUUUUACACUCAAGUUGAAUAUAGCAUUACAGUCAAACUUGAAUGCUGCACAGACAGUAUGACCAGCAUACAAAAAUACUCCAUGGCCUGGGAGAGCAUACUGUAGGCCCACCAACUUGGGAGCCAGGCACACACACUGGGAAGUCAGGCCCAGCCAAUCAGAUUGAGUUUUUCCACACAAAAGGGCUUAAUUAUUCAUCAGCUGUCCUGGUGG